GACCCGCCGAGGGACGUGCAGGGCUCCCGUGGGAGCGACAUCCCCUCAGCCCGGCGGCUAGACAGGCUCAGGCCGGCGCCGCCUUGCAAGGAGGGGCCUAGUCCGCCAUCGGGCCGGUCGCACCGCCGCGGGAGGCCGCGGAGGGGCAGGGCCUGGCGCAGGCGUCUCACGCAACCACCGGUGUCGGUCGGAGGCCUGUGGACCCCCCGCCGCGCCGGAUGUCCCCGGGAAGCCGCCUGCUGCUCUCGCGGCGGGGCAGACCCCGGCGGCCUCUGCUGGCAGGGCUGGCCGCCAUUUUCUGCAUUGAAGCAGUCCUCGGGCAAAAAUUGUGUCCUAAGGCGAUGGAAAACUACGUGGCAUCGAUGGUGCUGAGCGCAGUUGGUGACACGCUGGGCUAUUACAAUGGGAAAUGGGAAUUCCUGCAGAGUGGCCUGGCCAUCCACAAGGAGCUGGCGGAGAUGGGGGGACUCGGCAACCUCAGCAUCCGAGGUUGGAAAGUCAGUGAUGAUACAGUGAUGCACUUGGCCACAGCCGAAGCCCUGGUAGCUGCCGGGAAAACCCCAAAUUUAGAGCACCUCUAUUCCCUGAUUGCAAAGAACUACAAGGAGUGCAUGAAUUACAUGAAAGGCAGAGCUCCAGGUGCCAUGUGUAUGGAAAACGCGCUGAAGCUGGAUCCGGGGCGGCCGGAUGGCUGGAGGGCCCCGUUCAGCCCCAGGGGGGGAGGCUGCGGGGCUGCCAUGCGCUCUAUGUGCAUCGGUCUGCGUUUCCACCACCCCACUGAGCUGGACACCCUGGUGCAAGUCAGCAUCGAGAGCGGCCGAAUGACCCACCACCAUCCCACUGGCUACCUGGGGUCCCUGGCUUCAGCCCUCUUCACAGCUUUUGCAGUGAACGGUGUGUCCCCCCCAGCCUGGGGGAAGAAGCUGCUGGAUGUGCUGCCACAGGCAAAAGCCUACGUGCGGGACACUGGCUUCUUCGUGGAGGAGAACAUGGAGCAAUGGCAUUACUUUGAAGAGCAAUGGGAAAAAUACCUGGCAGAGAGAGGCAUAUCAGACGGGGUCUCGCAGCCCACCUUCCCCCCCAAGUACGGCGUGAAAGAGAGAGACUCGUUCUACACCUCCCUGAGCUAUGAUGGCUGGGGAGGCAGCAGUGGGCACGAUGCCCCCAUGAUCGCUUACGAUGCGCUGCUGGGCGCAGGCGACUCCUGGGCAGAGCUGGCUCACCGGGCUUUCUUCCAUGGGGGCGACAGUGACUCCACUGCCGCCAUUGCAGCCUGCUGGUGGGGGGCCAUGCAUGGCUUCCGGGGGGUCAACACCUCCCUCUACGCCCACCUGGAGUACAGGGACCGCCUGGAGCAGGUGGCCAAGGACUUGUACAGCAUUGCCUAGGAGAGGGGCGGCACUGCCUCCCAGGGGCGCGCUUACCCCGCCUGCCGCCCCUCGCUUGCUUGAGGUUUUGCAGACUCAGUUUGCAAGGCUGCUGGAUUGAAGCAGGCGAACGUAUGCCAGAGCCAGGCCUUCUUUUUCUGUUUGUGUGUGUUGGCUUCAGCAGGGAGGCCAUUUUGGAGCUAGCAGCUUGGGGCUUGUGGGCAGUGGGUGGGGAAAAGCAGAUAGAAGCACCUAAUGUGCGUCUGUCCCUUGAGCAGCCGAGCCCCGAGACGUCCCUCAUCAGCACGGCUGCACAUUGUCUCGUGCUCAAGGGGAGCAGGAGCACCCACAGCAGCAUUGCUAGCGAUGCUCCAGCAGCAGGACAAGCAGCAAAACCCCCACAGGCCACCCCAAACCAGGGUCCUGCCCAUGAAGCAUGCCAGAGGGGGGUCACGGACGCACGCCUGGCUGCAGGGAGCACACGUGGGCUGGCAGAGAUGCCUCCCGGCAAACCUGUGGUGGGUAGCCCGUGCUCGCCGCCCCAUACUGCUCAUGGGGAGGGCCAGGGACACCACUUGCCAUCUAGCACUGAGCAUGUGUAAAGCUAAAACCUCUGCUCCUUGGCACAGGGGUUAUAGCAUGGCAACCUGCUGGGGGUGGGGGGAGCAUACUGUGUCCAGGGACAACAGAGUUUUCUCAUACAAUUAUUUUAGCAACGAAUUAUUAUUUUUUGUUGUUUAAAUGAAUGGGGGAAAACCCAAACCCAACCCAACAGCUGCGUCGGCAGUGCAUUUUGCACAAUUUCAUAGCACUUUUGCUGCAGAGUUAAGACCGUAUAACGCUACUUCUGUAAUUCAGUUAAUGGGGGUUCAAGACUACUGAGCAAAUCCUUAUUCAAGAUACAAGUUGGUAAGGAGAAAUAAAAGAUUACUUUUUUUUAUAUCAACUUAAGCAACUUCUGUAAUGAACUAUAUUCUUCUGCUGGCAUCAAGGUUACUAAGAAUAUUUGCUUAACAUUUGCUAUGGAUAAUUCUAUAAAAAAUGUUUUUUUCUCUAAGUCCAGACUAUGACACAGCAAAAUACUUAGUAUUUUCAAAGUGAUUUCAAAAAUGGUGUAUCCCAUUCAAUAAAUAGAACUGACACGCCUCUCUUAAA